CGUGACGCGUGUGCUAAGGGUGGGUGGCUGUACACUACACAGUGCGUCUCCCUCUCAAGUCUCCCCCUGGCCGACCCACAACUCGUCUCCCCGGGCACCGCCCACCAUCCGAUGUGCCGUGCCGGGAGGCCGUUCAUGCUAUAAAAAGCCAGCACACUCUCCUGUAGUGUGGCUUGUCAGGUCCACGAGGCACCAAUGGGACCGCCCGGCAUGCGGCCCCGUUCGAUGAGAGCUAGGAUGGUGAGACGGGGAUGACCAACACUCGAGUCUCAAAUCUCGGUGGCUGAAGUCCGUCCGCUUCUCCAUGGUGGUGGUGGUGGUGGUGGCCAUGGGUGGCUUAGGCUACUGACUCCCUCGACACUUUCUCCCAGCUUCGAACUAUCAAACCACUGUGUGAGUAAGGGGGUUGAGACGAUGCUGAGUAACAAAACGAAAACUCCAGCAAAAACAAGGUGGGCGGCCGCGUCCCCGUGAGACGAUUCAGACAUGACCCUUGGGUUCUCAGCGGAGAAGUGCCACCAAACUCAAAAGCCAAAAACCAAAGCCAGAAUUUCUUGAUCGACGCCUUGUCUAGACUGUGCUCUUCGGACAAAACAUGCUUUUUAAGCUCAGUGGACAUCUUACUGUACUGUGCACAUUACUCACCGCGGGUUCCGAUCAAAUCCGAGUCCCCAUCAUCGAGUUGUUUGUCGGACUUUAAGACCGGUGGUCAGCUACCUUGGCGCUGUCGACCGCACUAAGCCCGCCAAGCGACGUGACAUCUGCAAGGGCAUCGUCGGAUCCCGAACGCCCACAGUCCGUGUGGACUGUGGCAUCCCACCCCCCAUCCAUCCCGCCAGGAGCCGCCGCGCAGCGGUCGGAGGGCUAGGCAGCGCGGCAGAUCUGCAAAUGGGGGAUGAAGAUUGCGCCAGGCUGGCUCCAAUCCGGAUCUCAACGAGGUUGGCAGGCAAAUCGUGCCGAUCUCAACCCGGUCUCCCGCGGGUGGCUUUCCGGCGCUCGCGGGACGUCCUCGUUCUCGUCGGCCGGUGGGAUCAUGGAUGCGAGUGACCGGCCUCUGAUGGCGCCAAACGUUCGAGCGACACCAAACGUACCGCGACAACUGUGCCGCUACAAACAACGGCCACAACGACCACGACAAAAUGUAUCGUACAGCGUCUGCAACCAAGACACUGGCCCAUUAGUUACGGCUUUAUGCUUCAGAAAAUGUCAUGCAGUUGGUUGCUGGCUGGCUAGGUACCAUCUCAUCUGUUCCAUCAUCCAUAGAGUGUGACCCGGUCAAUCCCAUCGACAAACUACCCAUCCCACUGCACAUGACUACCGUCCAUACACCAUUCUGCCCUCGAUGCGGUUCGGCGUCCCUUGUAGACCAACUUCAACGACGACUACCGUCUGAAGAUCGCUCGGGAGCUAAACCAAAGAAGCCACGAGAGCAAACGGGACGAUGGUGAAGACUGGAGUGCACAAGAGCAUCGUGCGGCCUCGACGGUUCUCAAGUCGUGUUUCCCAGAUCGAAGUGAUAGCGACAGUUUUUGGCAGUGUCCCAGACAAGAUGAAUCAGCGAAAUUGAGUCAGUCUUCUUUUACGACGAUCUUGAAAUUCUUGAGAUUGAAAGACAAAGCUUUAAACGAGACUGGGCACAAAAAGCUAUACAAUUUCAACAGAUUUACGUUGGACUCCUCUCGUGCAAGGCAAUCCAGCAUUUUGUCACUAAGCUGCACAGCCACACCACCAAGGCAGAGCCACACUGGAACCCCCAUUUAGCCACAGACGGCAGCGCUCCACUCCGCGCCUCGGCUCUUUCUCGCCGUUAGACGGUUGAUGUCACAGUGGCCCAAGCUUGCCGAUCCACGAGCAAAGCAGCAGUCAAUCAGCAAUCAGGCUGCUGCCCUGCCCGUGCAAGCACCACACGUCCAAACCCCACGAUCUUCCCGCCGCCGCAACCUCACUUUUUUUGCUAGUCUUCCUUUCUUUUCUUGCUUGCCUCCUGGAAUCCGAGAGGAUACGCUGCAAAUCACCCAUCCCCCGUAUAUUAACAUGCGCUAGUCCCGCCCUCUUCUAAUCGCGUUGCUUGCGCCCUUCCCAUCCGUCCCAAACUCGGGCACACGAGGCGCUCGGCCCCGACCAUCGACGUCGAACCCGCCAUCAUCACCAUCACCAUCACCAUCACCACUACCUACACCUACACCCUCGCUCCCGCCAGCCUCACCGCCAGCAUGGCCGACGUGUCCCCCCCGCCCGCCGCCCUCCAAAAUGACGAGAAGCGGUGCUUUAUCUGUCUCAUGGACGAGAACGAGUCCGGCUCCUCCGAGUCCGCCUGGGUCGACCCGUGCCCCUGCACCCUCGAGGGCCACCAGGACUGCAUGAUCCAGUGGGUGACGGAGCUGGAGCGCGAGGGCAAAGAGAUCCGCUGUCCCGUCUGCAAGGCCGUCAUUAAUGUCGACGAGCCCUACGACCCGGCCCUUGCGCUCAACAACAGGAUCUACAAGACCUUUGGCAAGAUGUCGCCCGGUUUGAUCCUCGGGGGCCUCGGCGCCGGCACCUGGGUCAGCCUCGCCAUGUACGGCAACAUUGCGGUGCGCGUUUUCGCUGGGCCCGAGGCCACCUAUCGAUUCUUCUUCAAUGACAACAACCCACGGGGCAUACCCAUGGUCAACUGGAUCCACGUUGCCAUCCUGCCCACGAUUGCGCCUGCCCUGAUCCUGGGCCAGUCGUUCCCCGUCUUGGGUAACGUUUUCUUCAUGCCUGCGGCUGCAUUGUAUGGCGUCUUUCACAUAGCGCGCGACGACCACUUCUUCUCCUGGCCCCCCUCACCUCAGCUCGCCGCGGCGUGCUUCCCCUACAUCAGAGCUGUGUACAACAAUCUUUACCAGGAGUUCGUCACCCCGUACGAGAAAAAGUGGGAGCGCAGGAUGGCAGGCCUGCCCGAACCAGUGGCGACGCCACCGCCAGCGAACAACAGACCCGCAGGGAACCGUCAGCGUCGGCCCGCUGGGAACAACGAAGGUGCCAACAACGAUGACAGGAACGUCGGCAUCGUCGGGGGUCUGCUCGAUGCGGCUAUCGACAUGCUGGACAUCCCCGACGUUGGGAUGGCAGUCGAAGUCGAGGAGAUCGAUAUGGGUGACGAGCAAGGCGUCGCGCAUCUCGAGAUUCUCGUGGAGCCGCUCGAAGACGAAGCGGCAGAGAGGGAAAACGCCGCUAGGGAGGCCGUGGAUGUCAUCGCCGAGCAGCAGGCUCACCUGAAUGAGGAACCGGUGGCGAUCCAGCAACCGGCGCAGCCCGCACAACCGGCGCCCGCGGCCCCUCGUCACCGAGGCGUUCAAGCCAGUCUCAGGGAUUUCACGAACACACUAGCAAGCACGCUGCUCCUGCCCAUGCUUUCGGCCGGCAUGGGCGAACUUCUCCGCCUGGUGCUUCCCCAGCACUGGACCACGCCGGUAGGUGGCUUCGGUCGGUUCAAGGUGCGGACUGGCCUGUUGCAGGACCAAUGGGGCAGGAAUCUCGUCGGCGGCUGCAUGUACAUUGUCCUGCGCGACGCCUUCCGCCUCUACACAAAGUACCGCAUGGCCCAGAAUAAGCCCUUGCGCCGGGUUCGGAACGUGGACCGCCUAAGAAAUCAUGGCGUGUCGUCCUCUUCUGCUUAAAAGAAAAAAGAAAAAAAGAAACAGUUGGCGGAACACAUACCACACAGCACAGUACACACACAAGCAUAUUAUCGGCGUUGGCGGUGGCCAGGAUACGGCUAGGAAGGGAUGCUUUCUUUACCUUUCACUAUUUUCUUGUAUGACUAAAUGCUUAGCAUGGCGGACGGCGACGGUCUAGAGCGUUCAUUUCAUACGUAGCUUCAGUCUAUAAAUCAGCGCAAAUAAUCAGGCCGCCUCAUCGAGUGCAGCAACCCACGAGGACAAGGUCCAGCG